ACGUAGGAAACUAAGUAUAUAAAGACGCGGCAUUGUGUUGUAAUUCAUAACACAUCAGGGCGCUCUUUUGGAAUACAUUACACAACUGUAAUAAUUUUAAGAUGGUGUCCAGGAAUUUGAUGAUUUUGUGCUGCCUGGUAGUGGCUGUCGUAGCGAAACCAACUUACACGGAUAAAUAUGAUAAUAUCGAUUUGGAAGAAUUUAAAGAGAACAAGAGAUUGCUGUUAGCUUAUGUAGAUUGCAUCCUCGAUAAAGGAAAAUGUACUGCAGAGGGAAAAGCAUUAAAAGAUAACCUUCUGGACGCUAUUGAAACUGGUUGCGAGAAAUGUACAGAAAAACAAAAGGAAGGAUCGUACGAGAUGAUCGAACACCUUAUUAAAAAUGAGCCAGAAAUCUGGAACGAAUUAUGUGCUAAGUAUGACCCAACUGGCAAGUGGAGGAAGGAGUAUGAAGAAAAAGCAAAGGCCAAAGGCAUCAAAAUCCCACAAUAGAUUACUACAAAAUAAUAAAUAUUUAACUUAUUAUGAAACGGCACUCUUAAUGGGCAUAACUUUCGAUUAUUUUCAAAAUUAAAUUUAUAUUAUUUAAUGUUUGUCUUUAUUUUUACAUAUUUUUUUAUUAAAAAAUCAGUUGUAAUUCUUGAAAAGUCAUGUCGCAAAAUCACUGAAAAACAAUAACUGAAGUGUUCAAGAUCUUUUUUAAAUAUUUUACAAGGUUGACCGCAAUUUAAACUUGUUUUUGUAAUAAAAUAUUAUAUUUUUUUGCAUAAGUAAUUUGCUGCAGCGAUCUGAGAUUUUACAAACCAUUAAAGUCCAUAUUAAAAUUAAUUUGCAUA